AAAUUAAGUACAGAUCUCAAAAUUAAAUGUACCAGUGUAAGACUUUUGUCUGAUUUAAAAUCCCCUUAAUGCCUUAAUAGAAGAAACUGAAACAUGUAUUUUCCCAUCUGUAAUCUGAUAUUAAAAUUACAGGAUUAUUGACAUGGUCUUAUGGAACUUAUUUUAAUAGGAAUUUGUAUGUUUGGUGAAUGAUACCCAUCAUUGAUAACAGUGCACUGCUGGGAAUGAUUCCUUGUUGAGUCCUACGAAAUAAAUUCCAUUACCAUUCUAUAGCAAGUAUGUUUUAAUGCCUAAUGAACAUCUGGAUUUUUCAGUUUGCUUUAAGAGAAAGACUGAAGGCAGAAAUUGUUUCCAGUACUUAAUAUUCCAAACUGUUCCUUUUAUUGAUGAAUGUGUAUGAUUUUGUUUCAACUAGGGAUGCUUUCCCUCUUUUGCUUUAUUUUCCAAUACAUUAUAACAGUUUUUGGAAGCCAUUUCACUUGGUAGUCUUUCUCUUGUAUUAAAUGUUUCAGAGAUCCCCAGAUAUUGUUUAAACAAAACAAUAACCAGUGUACCACAAUAUUCAGUCCAUAGGAUUUUUUAAAAUAUAUGUUUGUGAUCUAAAUUGAUAUUUUCUAAAUCUAAAAUAUAUAUGUUUGUGCUGUUAAUUGUCUAAAGACUCUUAUAUAUAUGUGUUCUUUGUGUGUCCAAAACAAUAUUAGAUUUGUUUAAUUCAAAUAUAUGUUGUAUUUGAACUUUAUUCAGUAUAGCACCAACAUAUCGUACCAUGUAAUAUAUGUUGAAACCUGACAAAAGCUAACAUAUGAAAUGAAGAAAAGAUGCCGGCCUGUGCCUGGAUAUUGUGAUGUCACAAGCAGUUGUUUAUGUAUUGAUGGGAAAAUAUUUUGUUCCAUUUUCUGUUUUAAUUUUCAUUAAAGUACACAAAGAAAUAUGGAUAAUUGAUAAUUGGAUAAUUGAUGUGACUAUUGGUUCUUUAAUAAGCAAUAAGUAUAAAGUUAAAAUUAAAAGAUGGAGUUUCUGUUAUACUUCCAAAUUGUGUUGAAUGAAUGCCCUACCACUAAUGAACCUGUUUUAUUUCUCUUCUUAAGUCCAAGUUAUCACCAGUCAGGGUAUAUAAGUGCAGAAUAACCUCUCACCCGACGUGGACCCUCGGAAAUCAAGGCUUGCUACUUGAAGGCCAUUGAAACACAGUCAAACUUUGCUGUGGCCUGGAGUAACUUGGGAUGCGUGUUUCAUGCACAAGGAGAGAUAUGGCUGGCAAUACACCACUUCGAAAAGGCAGUAGCUCUAGAUGCAAACUUCAUGGAUGCCUACAUCAACCUGGGCAAUGUGCUCAAGGAAGCAAGAAUCUUUGACAGGGCAGUCACUGCAUACCUGAGGGCUCUGGCCUUGAACCCCAAUCAUGCUGUUGUACAUGGAAAUCUUGCCUGUGUUUACUAUGAACAGGGGUUGAUAGAUCUUGCGGUUGACACGUACCGCAAAGCUAUAGAGCUACAGCCAAACUUCCCUGAUGCCUAUUGCAAUCUGGCCAAUGCCCUCAAAGAGAAAGGACAGGUACAAGAAGCUGAGGACUGCUACAACACAGCCCUUACGCUGGCCCCUAAUCACUCGGACUCCCUGAACAACCUGGCCAACAUUAAGAGGGAGCAGGGCAACACUGAGGAGGCAGUGAGACUCUACCUGAAGGCUCUUGAUGUGUUCCCAGAGUUUGCUGUGGCUCACUCCAACCUGGCCAGUGUGCUGCAGCAGCAGGGAAAACUGCACGAGGCUCUCCUGCAUUACAAGGAGGCCAUUAGAAUCUCGCCCUCAUUUGCUGAUGCGUAUUCCAACAUGGGGAACCUCUUGAAGGAAAUGCAGGAUGUACAGGGGGCCAUGAAGUGUUACCAGCGAGCCAUUCAGAUCAAGCCGGCCUUCGCUGAUGCUCAUAGCAACCUAGCUUCAAUCCAUAAGGACUCUGGUAAUAUCCCAGAAGCUGUCCAGUCAUACAGAACUGCCUUGAAGCUGAAACCAGAAUUUCCUGAUGCCUAUUGUAACCUGGCACACUGCCUACAGUUUGUGUGUGACUGGACUGAUUACGGUGAGAGGAUGAAGAAGCUGGUACAGAUUGUUGACGAUCAACUGGAGAAGAACAGACUGCCCUCUGUGCACCCUCACCACACGAUGUUGUACCCACUCACACACGAACAGCGUAAAGGCAUUGCUGCAAAGCAUGCUAACCUGUGUCUGGAAAAGAUCAACAUUCUCCACAAGCCUCCAUAUGAUCACCCCAAGGACCUGUCAGCCAGUGGAGGGAGACUGCGUAUAGGCUAUGUGAGCUCAGACUUUGGUAACCACCCCACGUCACACCUCAUGCAGAGUGUUCCCGGCAUGCAUGACAAGGACUCUGUGGAGAUUUUCUGCUACGCUUUGACUCCUGAUGAUGGUACAAACUUCAGGGCAAAGGUGUCCAGUGAAGCUGAGCACUUUGUUGACCUGUCACAGAUUCCCUGCAAUGGCAAGGCGGCUGACCGUAUUAAUGCUGACGGUAUCCACAUCCUGGUCAACAUGAACGGCUACACCAAGGGGGCCAGGAAUGAAUUGUUUGCACUUAAACCUGCCCCAGUACAGGUGAUGUGGCUGGGCUACCCAGGUACUAGCGGUGCCAGCUACAUGGACUACAUCAUCACUGAUGGUUUCACCUCACCCGUAGAGUUUGAGGCCCAGUACUCGGAGCACCUGGCCUUCAUGCCAGACUCAUUCUUCAUCGGCGACCACAUGCAGAUGUUCCCACACUUGAUGCAGAAGAUUGUGGUGAAACUGCAGGGCGGGGAUGAGUUCAGAGAGAACUGCAUCGUGCUGAAUGCUUGUGACCUUGACCCCAUCAGAGAGAUUGGCAAUGUUGAGACAAUAACAGUGCAAUGUGCCCCUGGCCCCACAACAGACGAGGCUGAUGGCAGCCCAGGCAGUGUGACGUAUGAGAUGAUCACUCUACAGGUGGGCCAGGUACUGCAGCAGAUGAUGGAGACAGGGGUGGCUCACGCCUCCAUCAACGAUGUCGUCAUACAGAGCGGUGUCACCACACAGCAGACCAACGACAAGUCUGCCUCUGGAGAAGAAAUUCCACAAAGCAUCAUGAUCAGUGCCCGAUGCCAGUACAACCUGCCAGACGAUGCAGUGGUGUACUGCAACUUUAACCAGCUCUACAAGAUUGACCCCGACACACUAAGCAUGUGGUUUGAAGUUCUAAAAAACGUACCAAACAGUGUGCUCUGGUUGCUUAGAUUUCCAGCGGUUGGAGAGCCCAACGUAAUACAGAGUGCCAAUAAUGUGGGACUGGACAGCAGUCGGAUUGUCUUCUCACCUGUAGCACCCAAGGAGGAGCAUGUACGUCGUGGUCAGCUGGCGGACGUGUGCCUGGACACGCCCCUCUGUAACGGGCACACCACGGGCAUGGAUGUGCUGUGGGCGGGGACACCCAUGGUGUGCCUGCCGAAGGAGACCCUGGCCUCCAGAGUGGCCUCCUCCCAGUUGAAGGCUCUCGGCUGUCCUGAACUGAUUGCAGACAGCAGGGACGAGUUUGUGAAGAUUGCUGCCAAGCUUGGAAAUGAUCCCAUAUAUUUACGAGCCAUGAGAGCCAAGGUGUGGAAGGCCAGAAUGUCCAGUCCUCUGUUCUGCUGUCAGACCUAUGUUAACAACAUGGAGCGCCUGUACUGGAAGAUGUGGAAACUGCAGUCAUCUGGGCUUACCCCUCGGCAUAUCACCGAGCUAUCAUAAAAUAGCCAGCCAUUGGGCAAACUGGGCUAAAUGCAUGUGCUUAGAGUGUUGUCCCAGAUUGGAAUGUGCAUUCAGAAUAGGCUAAGCAGGGAUGACCCUUUCCACUUGUAUGGAAUUUUUUAAGGAAGGUUCUUUUUAACGAAAAUACUGUUUAGGUGAUAAGUGCCAGGUUACACACAUACAUAAAUCUCUGUUUUCACCCAUUAAGACUGAAACAACCAUUGGAUAGAUCCUUGUUCAGAAGCACUGGGUCCAUAUUGGCAAAGCUUUCUUGAUUUCACUACUGAAGCUUGUGUACAUGGUUUAUUGGAAUAGUCUGAAACAGUUUAACCCUUUACCUAUAGAUUGGUAUUGUUACGUGUUUGUAGUUCCUUACAAAGUUAAAUUUAAUUAAAGACCUUUCUUAUUUGAUUAAAGUUGUAAAGGCUUUAUUUCCAAUCCUUAAAUACUGAUGAACAGCAAACAACAUAAAACCUGAACAGACUGCGAGUUACUUGCAGGCUGUUCUGGUUUUAUGCUGUUUGCACAUAGCCAUUUUCACUUCGCUUCUGAGUGUUAAUGCUCAUUGCUGGUUAAGAAUGUUUAUUAUAUAAACCAUAAUUCCAGAAUUUAAUAUUGAUUUUCAUAUUGAAAAUUCGAUACAGAUAUUUUUGUACCAUUUAAAUUGAGGAAAGGCUUCGUGACAGACCUGGGUAGACAAGUGCCAUGGGGAUACAAACCUUGGUUUAUUAGGCUUUUAUUCAUCAACAUUUUAGAGUAUUUAUAGCCUGUUUUAACAUCACAUCUUGUUUUUGAAUACUUUGUGUAUUUAAGGUGAAGUCUAUCUUCCUUGUAUAUUCAUACAUUUAUUAUUUCCCGCCGGAGGAGUAGGGAUAUAGAAUUGGUAUUCAUCAGUCUGUCUGUCAGUUCGCCACAUACUUUUCUGGGCUAUAUCUCAGGAACUAUACAAGAUAUCAUCAUGAAACUUUAUAGGGGUAUAUAUAUAUCAAUGAGGAGAAGUGUCCUGCACAAGCACCCUACACUUUCUUAAAUAUGAGUUGUAGCCCUUGUUUUUUGGUAUUAAGUAACUGUUCAGAUGCCCUAGAAGAUUUCAUCAUGAAACUGCAUGGGUGUAUUGAUAAAAAUGAGAAGUGCCAUGCUUAAAAACCAUAACCUCACACUUUCUUAAAUAAGAGUAAUUGCCCUUUGUUGUUUUUCUAUGAACUAACAUUUCAGGGCUAUAUCUCAGAUACGCUACAAUAUUUAAAAAUGAAACUUUGUGGUUGAAUAGAUAUCAAUAAAGAUUAUUGCAAUGCAUAUAACAACAAUUACCCUACACUGAAAUAUUUUGUAGGAUUAUACCUUUUAUCAAGGGAUGUGGAUCCAUCCAUUAACAAAAUGUAUUAAGUGGCGGAUACCAAAUCACAGAAAUGCUUGUUUUCUCGAGUUAUCACAAGUUCUAUUGUCUUUUUAUUGGUUAGAUGUUACUUUAUGAUUUAGAUUAUUUACUCUUAUCUUUGUUUGUAUAUCAUCAUUUAUUGUGUCAUUUUGUUUUGAUAUUAAUAUGGAUAUGGUAGUCUUGGUACAAAAUUGUUUACUUUCUUUUAAUUUCACUCUGAAUAGUAAAUAAAGAUUUAUACCUUUCUUAACUUAUUUGCAUCUUUAAACUUACAAGAUUGUGUGUUACAAUAUUAAAGUUAAUUGGGUAAAAAAGGAUUUCUUAUGAUACUUUUUUGGUGAAAUAUGAAAAUUGUGUCAACAACUGUUCCUUGUCACUAAAUGAUUGGCAUAUUAUAAUCAUUACUUUGUGGAUAUCUAGUAUUUUUAUUUGCAGAUGGUGCAUUUAUAUUGCAUUCAUAUUCUGUGUUUGCUUACUUUACUUACUUGUUUCGGCAAGAAGACAUGUUCAUGUACUCGGUUUUGUGUUUAUAAAAACCGUUCAUUAAAUAAAUUUUCAUAAAGUUUGAAUGUCAGUUUGGCUUUAUCAAAUGUCAGUUUCAUUUGUUAAGCUUUUUCACUUUCUUAGAAUUUGAAAGUUCAAAGGAAAGGCACAGUUAUGUUGGUUUGAUCAUAGAACAUAUUGCUUGUCUUGCUUGCUUGUAUGCAUUGGUUGUACAAUGUUUUCUCCGAGGGAAAUAAAGCAGUAACACUGUU